ACCGUGAAGGUCUGCCCAGAAAAGAGUUAACGCGUUUGUGUGGUUAUAUAACAGCUGAGCUCUGCAGUGACGCCCCGUCCCGUCAAUGCUGGAAACGUUUGCGCGCUUGUGGUUCCAAACGUGAGCGCAGCACGCGCAUCCAUCCAUCCACCGUCAUGCCACCUGAGAAGCAGCAGAGUCCAGAUCAAGCUGAAACUGCUGACAAUGAAAAAACAAAGGAGCGGAGCCCUACAGCACUGAAGGGACUAGAGACAAUCGCGCCUCUUGUUCGCACUGUUGAAGAAACCCCUGAGCCGAUCCCUACCACCAUAGAAGGAACCAUCCCCUCCUGGAUCAAUGGCUUGUUCCUUCGCAAUGGGCCCGGAAAGUUCGAGUUUGGAAAUUCACACUACAACCACUGGUUUGAUGGGAUGGCAAUGCUUCACCAGUUUAAGAUCCUGAAGGGCGAGGUGACGUACAUGAGUCGGUUUCUGCAGAGUGACGCCUACAAGAAAAACAGUGAAAAGGACCGGAUAGUGAUGUCAGAAUUUGGUACCCUGGCCAUGCCUGAUCCAUGCAAAAACUUCUUCCAGAGGUUCCUGUCUCGCUUUGAAAUGAUAGAACCAACAGACAAUGCAAGUGUGAAUUUUGUGAAGUACAAAGGGGACUUCUAUGUCAGCACGGAGACCAACUUCAUGCACAAAGUGAACCUGGAGAACCUGGAUACUCUAGAAAAGGUUGAUUGGAGCAAGUUCAUCGCUGUAAAUGGAGCCACUGCUCAUCCACACUAUGAUCCUGAUGGAACUUCCUACAAUAUGGGCAACUCCUAUGGAAGAAAAGGAGCCUUGUACAACAUCACUAAAGUGCCUUCUGAGAAAGCAGACACCAAAGAGACUCUGCAAGGAGCUGAAGUCCUCUGUUCCAUAGCCCCGGCUAACAAGUCCCAUCCUUCUUACUACCACAGCUUUGCCAUGUCGGAGAACUAUGUUGUGUUCAUCGAGCAACCAAUUAAGAUGGACCUGCUGAAGAUAGUCACCUGCAACAUCAGAGGGAAAGCUCUGAGUCAGGGCAUCUACUGGGAUCCCAAGCAGGAAACGGUCUUCCACCUCGUUGACAAGCACACAGGCAAGGUCAGCCCAGUGAAGUACCACACCAAAGCCCUAUCCUCCUUUCAUCAGAUCAACGCCUUUGAAGAGGACGGAUUCCUGAUGAUUGACAUGUGCUGUGCAGAUGGCGGCCAAGCUAUCAGCAACUACCUCAUCCAGAACCUACGCAAGUCAGGAGAAGCCCUGGAUGAAGUGUACAACACCACAGAAAGGUCGUUCCCUCGCCGCUUUGUCCUUCCUCUAAAUUUGACCAGCGAAACACCAAACAACCAGAACUUGAACACCCGACCAUCCAGUACAGCCUCCUGCACCAAAAUCAGCCAAGAUACGGUUUUCUGUGAGCAUGAGGAUCUCCAUGGUGACGACUUACAUGACUACGGUGGCCUGGAGUUCCCGCAGAUCAACUACGGUCGAUGUAACACCAAACCGUAUCGGUACUUCUAUGGAUGCGGCUUCAGACACAUGGUGGGCGACUCUCUGCUUAAGGUGGACCUGCAGGACAAAAGUUUGAAGGUCUGGCAGCAGAAGGGAUUCUAUCCGUCGGAGCCCGUUUUUGUGCCAGCACCCGAGGCAGUGGAAGAGGACGAGGGAGUCAUCCUGUCUGUGGUUCUCACACCCUCACAGGAUAAAGGAAGUUUCCUCCUGGUGUUGGAUGCAAAAACCUUCCAGGAAGUGGGAAGAGCCAAUGUGCCUGUUAACAUCCCUUAUGGCUUCCAUGGUAUCUUCACCGCCACAUCAUGAACCUGUUCAUGCAUUUCUGAAAGUACCCUAAUAAAGAACACAGUAUUUAAUCUUGAAGAAAGAA